AUGGAAAAGCAGCGGGAGCCCGAAUUCCGCAUGGCUAUUGUCUUCUCCGUGGGACUACCCAGCAGCAGCGGAGGUCGGUUCUUCCAACGUGACGGCUUUAACGUCUCACUGCCUGACCGCGCAGGUGAGGCCAUGGAAGUUAUGCAAACAAAGAGGACAGAAGUUCUGAGAAAUCUGACAGAAGAAGCCCGACUCAACGGUGACCUUGUUGUGGGUGACUACGAGGACACCUACUAUAACCUCAGCCUCAAAUUAUUCCACACAUACCAAUGGGCCUCUAGCUUCUGUCUUCCGCAUUUCACGUCCCAACGACGACCUCCUGUCUUUAUCUUCCUUGAUGAUGAUUAUGCUUUCAAUGCAAUCCGUAUGAAAGAACACUUGGGGAGCCUCACCGACGCGCAGGUACGACGAAUAACUUGGGGCAUGCCACGCAGGCAUUCAAGGGUGAUCCGUCAUUUGGAUUCAACGAUCUCCGAAAAGUGGUCCGUCUCUAAACGUGAGAUGCCCUGGCCAUACUACCCUCCUCAUGGUCCCGGCUGCUUUUCUGUCAUAGGCGCUGAUGUUCUCCAGGAAAUCGCCCUAGCCAUGUACUUCACUCAGCAGUUUCCAAUAGACGAUGCGUGGUUAGGCAUGGUCAUGACAAAGUUAGAUCUCUAUUUUCAAUCUCUUCCUCGUAUGUACCAAAGAGUGCCUAAGGGUCUCAAAAAGAAGUCAGUUCUUUUUGCGCCCUUAGACUUCCUCCUUACUUCAAAAUGA